AAUAUCUCUGGCUGUUGUGUAUUAUUUAUGUAUUUAACACUUGUCAAUGUGCUUUCAGAGUGUCUAGGACAUCCAUCGAGGACUACUACCUGCAGAGUGUACUGGGUAAAGGCAACUUUGGCAAAGUGAGUUGAUCCGUCCUUAAAUAAGAUAAAUAAAAUACAAAUGAGCAAAUGUGAGGUUACUGAAUGCACUUUUCCUCACUGUUUCUAUCACUCCAGGUAUAUCUCGCACAACACAAAUCUUCUGGAGAAGAGGUUGCCAUCAAGACAAUAGAAAAGGAAGAGAUAACAAGAAUUGUUGGCAUUCAGAGGUGAGUUAAAUGGGAAUGAAUAUGGAUAUUUUGUAUCUGUUGCAAAUCUCUUUAGAUUUCAGGCAAUUAAGCACAGGCCAACUUGACAGUGAUCAAAACAAUUAGUAUGUGGGCCAAGCAGUUGGACAUUAUACAGUUUAAAUGGAGGGCCAAUCAUUUAGCCAAUGAGUAGAAAUUUAAUGGCACAUUCUUGUUUUUGUUUAAUAUUCAGCCUGAAACUGGAGAAGGCCAUUCUUGAAGAGGCUAAAAGAGAGAAGAACCCUUUCCUCGUUGGCCUAUAUGCCUCAUUUCAGAGCAGAGACCAUUUUUGCUUGGCAAUGGAUUACUGUCCCGGCGGUGAUUUGAAAACUUAUUUGAAUGUCAGUUCCUUCCCAAAGGAGACAGCAGUAUUCUACUCAGGGUGUAUAGUUUUAGGAUUACAGUUCCUGCAUGAAAGAAAUAUUAUUCACCGAGAUAUAAAGCCACCGAAUAUCUUGCUGGACUCUGAUGGUUAUGCCAGAAUCGCUGAUUUUGGCAUGGCAAAGAAAACUGCGGGAUAUGAUGGCACAGCUACUACUGAUUGUGGAACUCUUCCCUAUAUGGCCCCUGAAAUUUUCAGAUCCCGUUUCUACACAAAAUCUGUAGACUGGUGGGCACUAGGGAUAUUGAUCUAUAAAAUGCUGCUCAACAAGAGUUGCCACCUGUCUGGAUUAGACCUGGACAAGGCCUUCCCAGUCAAGUCAGGAUCUUCCUUGAUUGACAUGGUGAGAAGCCAAUUGCUGAUCACCACAUAA